AUGUUGGACCCAUUUCCCCCGCCGCCGGAAUGGCUGCGUGAAGCUGUCGAGCCCUGGGCGAUUUACCUGAACGUGCCGGCGGUGACGGAACAUGCUCACGAGAUCAUCAUUGCCUUCAGCGGCUACCUCUGCAUCCACUACAUCCUUUCUCCCUGGCUUUCGCCACGGCUAUUCCCACGCCAUUACCCCAACCUGAACCCUCGAACAAAGCUCAACUGGGAUGUCCAUGUCGUAUCCCUGGUGCAGAGCACCUUCAUCAACCUCAUGGCCUUGUGGGCUAUGUGGGCGGACGAGGAGCGGUCCUCGAUGAAUGCCGCCGAACGGGUGUACGGCUACACAGGCGUCUGUGGACUGGUCUCCGCCUUUGCGGCUGGCUACUUUGUCUAUGAUCUGAUCGUCAGUACCGUUUACAUCAAGAUGUUUGGUAUCGGAAUGCUGUUCCACGCCAUAAGUGCUCUCUGGGUGUUCAGCUUCGGCUUCAGGCCUUUCGUGAACUUCUACUCCCCAGUCUUCAUUCUCUACGAGCUCUCUAGCCCCUUCCUCAAUAUCCACUGGUUCCUUGACAAGGUCAACAUGACUGGUAGCAAGCUGCAAUGGUACAACGGCAUGCUUCUUCUCUUCACCUUCUUCAGCUGCCGUCUCGUCUGGGGUACCUGGCAAUCGGCGAUUGUCUACAAGGACAUGUGGUACGCGCUGAAGCAAACCUGGGAUGCAACCGCCGCAGCCAACGCGCUCAACCAGUCCGUCGAUAUCACCACCCAGGUGUUUCGAAGCCGUGAGGCCGUUCUGGAUGGAGCCCGCGCCCAGGCCCAGCUCGAACUCUCCAAGUAUGCCAACUACACCGCCGCGGGUACCCCGACUUGGUUGGUUCUGACCUACAUGAUCUCCAACGUGGUGCUCAAUUUCCUGAACUACUUCUGGUUCUCGAAAAUGGUCGAGACUGUCUUGAAGCGAUUCCGUGGGCCCGCUGCUGGCGCAAAGGAGAAGGGCUCGAAGGGAACCGCGACGGACCCCAAGAAGGAGGAGCAGCUCGACCGACUGCGGGAGGAUAUCGCUCAGAAGGUGGUCCUGGAAGCUGCCUCUAGGCUGGAGCAGGAGGAAGGCAGCCCCUUUUUGGAGGAUGUAUCCGAGGAGAAGCUCGCAUCGGCCGUGGAUGCAGGUCUUAAUGAGGAACUGAGAAAGCGGAAAGCUCAUGUGGCUGCAUAG